CUGUGGCUUUAUUUAAUGUAUUUUGGCAGAACAAGACAGUGACAGGGCCGUGGGUGCCUGCGUGUGCUGGUGCAAGCUUGGUGCCUGCCUGGAGGUGCCUACAGGGAGGUGCCUACAGGGCCACCAAGGCUAAUAUUGAUACAAAUGUAGAGGGACGAAAUAGAGAAGCAGGAAGACCACCACCACCACCACCACCAGCAGUGUGGAAGAAAGCUGGUGAUAAAACUCUCUCUCGCUCUCCCUCACUCUCCCUCACUCUCCCACGCCACGGAAGCAGUGGAAUAAAGCACAGGAGGAGGAAAGCAAUGGCAACCCUCCGAUCCGGCAAGCAAGUUGGCGGCAGCGAUGGCGGUGGCGGCAGCAGUGGUGGUGAGGUGGACAGCAGGGACAGAGGGGCACUACAGGCUGCGGACAUCAAGGAGAAGAAAUUGAAUUGGGAUGACCUUGCUCAAAAGAAAGUACCUGCUCCCUUUGUACCAAGAAUCAGUACUGAGUUAGAUGUUAGUAAUUUUUCUGAAGAGUUCACUGCAAUGAUACCACAGGAUUCUCCAGCAAUCGUUCCUCCAGAUGUUGAGAAAAUGUUCAAUGGCUACUCCUACGUUGCUCCAUCAAUUCUCUUCACUGACAGUGUCAUCAGCGACAGCAGCAGCCUUUUCAAGAUGUCACCAGACAGAAGACCUUCCACAACCAACCUAUUAUUGGCUUGUAGCUUUAAGGCACACACCUACAUUGUGAUGAAGCUCCUUGGAGGUGGAGAGCUGGCUGCUUCAGAGGAUCAGGAAACACGAGAGGUUCACAGAGGCUCGCCUCGGGCUUCGGUCGUCGUGAGGAACCUGGUGUCAGCAGUUCACUAUGUGCACAGGAAAGGCAUCAGUGUUCACGGAGACCUAAAGCCAGACAGGGGUGAAGAGUUAGGAGAGGGAGAAGAAAUAUGUUGGGAAUUAAUGGAAUGGGAGGGAAUAAAAAUAGAAAAGUGGUUGGUGUUGAGGAUAGACAGAAAAGAAAAGAAAGGAAGGGUGAAAAAAAGGAAGUUUUUUUUGCAUUGAUUUUCCAUCUGCUUAUUUUAAAGAAUUUAUUGCAUGGAAUAUUAUUGAUCUCCAUCAUUUGUAUGGCCUUUAUAAUAAAAAGUAUGAAUUUA